AUGGGGCUUUCAAAGCUCUCAAGAAACAAGCGAUUUAAUUACGCGAAAAAUUGCAAAAACGUACGAAGAAGAGCGAUUGCUAAGAAACGCCGUCAGCGAAAUUUAGUUAAACUGACUGAAGAAGCAAAAGCACUGGCCCAGCACUGGAACUCUUCGAAAGGGUUGAAGGAAAACAUGGAAACUCUCGGACUCGUCGCCGAUUGCAGCAAAGCUAUUCCGAUUCAAAAAACAACCCUGAAAAAUGUAGACGAGAGAAGAAUGAACGAAAAGAAGCCAACUUCUCAGCAGAAGGAAGUUCACAAGAUUCUUGAGGACAUCGCUGCCAACGAGUUUCACAAAGAAUGGAGCGUCUCACAAGAAGACAUUCACUUCGCAGUUCAUAUGUUCGACAGGCACGAGCUGGACUUCGCGGCGAUGGUUCGCGACCGGAAGAACGUCUACCAGCUGACUUCAGGUCAAAUCCGCCAGAAGCUGCGAAUGUUCCGAAUGUCGAAGGUGCCCUGGGAAUGGUACUGCAAGGACCGCCAGGAGCGUCACCUUCCGCCGCUCGACUUCAAGCUCUAG